AUGGAGGUGAGACGCCCCUCUGUCCCCUUACUGCUCCUGACGCUGAUCAGUUUCUUGGCAGGCAUCGUAAUUAGCCAAGCACUGACUCCCCGCCGCCCGGUGAAUGGAAUUCUGGGAGGAUCGGUCGUGCUGUCUGUGGAUCUAUCUCCCGGGAAAAAUGUGAACAAAAUCGAAUGGAGCUUUCGUGCUGGGACAGGUGUGACGCUCCAGCUGGCUGAGAUCAAUUGGGGGAAGUUUGAGCGACCCGAUCCCAAGGACAGAUUUAAGCAGAGGCUAGAAAGGUACAACGAGACCUCGCUGAGGAUCAAGGCUCUGGAGCUGGGCGAUCGCGGAGUUUAUGAGGCCCGGAUUAGGAUAGUACCAGCAACUGUGGAGGAACAGGCCUUUCUCCUCGCGGUCUAUGAGCCGGUGCCAGCACCGGAGAUAGAGAGUCACUUGCUCUCCAGCACGGCAGCUGGGUGCAAUGUCACUCUCCAGUGUCAGGUGUCUGGCAGGGAAGAGGUUAACGUCUCCUGGAGUAGAGGGAACCCACCCCGAGACCUGGGUGAUUCCGAGCGGUACCAGCUCAGCCCGGAUGGCAGAACCCUUCACCUGUCUCUGCAGCCCAACCUCACGAACUCCACCUUCACCUGCACGGCCAGCAACCCCAUGGACCAGCAGAGCAUCUCUCUUGACCUGCAGAGCAUCUGCCAAAGCAGAGACACAGACACAGACACAGCCAUGUGGAUGGGGCCUCUUUGCGUUGGGCUGAUCGUCGUCACAGCAGCCUGUGUCGGGAUGUGGCUAUGGAAGAAAAGGAGGAAAAAGCCAGUCGGCCAAGCUGCUGUCCCCACGGUCCCGGAGGAGGAAUGUCUUUCAGAGCCCCACUAUGCUGAGAUCAAGAGGAGGAGCCCUCCGGAGGGGGACGACCAGGACCCUGGCUUCCCGAGCGAGAGAACACCGAUCACCACCAUCUAUGAUCAGAUCCGAGUGGUCCCAGCUGGCCCCUCUGAGCAGGUUACCUAG